AUGCAAGAUUCUUCCAAGCAACUGUGGUAUAUUCUUAGAGCAUUCCAAGGAAGCGACAUUAUUUUUGGUAACUUGCAAGAUGUAUUUGCGCCUUCCAAGGAUUCAGUUAUGUCAGCAACUGAUUACAAUCUCAUUCCGAUUCUGAUCAUACGUCAAACGAUUUUCGAUGUCCUGUAUUUGAAUUCAAAGCAACUCUUCAUUGAAAAGAAGAAAGAGGACAGAGAAUUUGCGCGGGCUGCAGUACACUCAAUUUUGAAUGAAGGAGAACACAAACAUCAUCGCAGCAAGAAACACAAGCAAACACAUGAGCAUGACCCCACCAGCACAUCUGCUCAAGUCUCUGUGCUUGUGGACUCCGAAUCAGGUCCAGGAGGCACAGCUGCAACAUCUGUUGCUACUGUAAAUGACGUGUACGAUUAUGACGGUGACCACGAUUAUCUUGCUGCAGGACUGGAAGGGGGUCUUGAUGACACACAGAGCGUCGAGGGUGAGGCACGACAAUGUUCCAACUCUGAUAUAAGCAUGGCUAGUGCCUCUGCAGGAGCAGCACCUCCUCCUCGUCUCAUUCCAGUUUCCGCAGCCACAGCCACAACCUCAGCCUGUUCCAACAUGUUCAAGACAGAGUUCCACCCCCACAGCAGUCGCCCAACAGCUGUUGAAACAUUUUCUGCUUACGGGAGUGGUUUGGGACCAUGUUCACCCAUUGUUGAUGAUAUGCCUUGGCACCCUUUUACCUCUCAUGCAGACUUUGAGUUUGCUGAGUUCACACACAAAGCUGCGCUGAACAAGGACCAAACCAAUGAGCUGUUGAAGUUCAUCUGGCAAGUCGCAGAUGGUCACACAAAGUUUUCGUUCCAUAUGCACACAGAUGUUGCGACUGCAUGGACUAGGGCAUCUAGCCAGAUGACACCAUUCGAAAAACAUAUUAUACCCAUUGAUUACAAAAAGGAAAUGAUUGAGUAUGAAGUUUAUUCGCGGCCUCUGUGGGACUGGGCAAUGGACCUAUUAGUCAAUCCCUUGUUGGCUCUGCACUUUGUCUGGGACGCUCAGCAGCUUUAUAAGCACAAUGGGACUCGCUUUGAGUGCUUCUUCCACCAGCCAUGGAUAGGAGACCGCUGGUGGGAUCUUCAAUCAUUGUUGCCUGAGAAUGGAGUGCCGUUCACAUUCAUAUUAUAUGCUGACAAAACUCAUCUUUCAUCGGCUGGUACUGUCAAAGCAGAACCAGUAAUUGCCUGCUGUGGGAAUCUACCAGUUAACAUCAGGAAUGUCGAUGGUCCCAGAGGAGGGUGCCUGGUAGGUUGGUUACCGAUUGUUCCUGAGGAUUCAGAUGAGGACAGUAAACUUUCCUACAUGAAUUUGAAAGCAGUGUGUGAUGGCGCUAAUACAGGCCUCAAUUCGGCCUGUCCUUGUCCCAUUUGCCUGGUCCCAAGAGAAGAGCUCACCGACCACUCAACGACCUACCCUAAGCGCACCAUUAAAGACACACAAGAUUGUGUCGAGUUAUGGUCCAGAGACUGUAUUGCAGGCGAGGUGGAACUGAAGAAACGGAGCUUGAGGCCUAUCAAGGAUCCACUACAUAAGGGGAAAUUCAGCGAUCACUUGUUUGACGAGUUCAAGAAACACCUCAAGGUGCUGGGAUGUGCCGCUGAGAAGAAGGUUGAUGAAAAGUUUGAUGCGUUUCUGCGAUGGCGAAACUUGAACCAUUUUGAUUGUGUUACUAACAUCUAUUUUACCGAUGGCAACAAGUUCCAGGAUAUAUCUAGGCAAAUUGUGCAUGUGGCACAGAACGUACUCACACAUGUGGAAGAUGAAGCUGGCUAUGCACUCUUAAAUACUCUUGCAGCUGUGGAGGCGGAGAUACUUGUGUUUCAGAAACUGUUAGAUGAAUAUAUCGAGGUCCUUGGUGAUGACACAAUCAAGAAUUGGAAUUUCCCAAAGGCUCACGCCUUGAAGCAUGUAUUUACUGACAUCAGGGAGAAAGGCGCAGCUCGAAACUUCAGCACCAGACCAAACGAGAAGCAACAUGGACUGAUCAAAUGCGCGUACAAAUUGCAAACAAACGGGAAGGAUGUCACUAACCAGAUACUUAGAUUAGAUCAUAUGACCCUCGUCUCCAGGCUCCUCCACAGCUGCAUUGAAUACCUUGAUGAAGAACAAUGUAAAGUCAUGCUGUCAGAGAGAGAGCUCGAGGAGGAAGACCUAGAUGACCAACCUUUUGGCGGGCACAUUCAUCUUGGUGCCCCACAACACUCAGUCACCCUUUUGCAGCUCGAAGAAGAAGAUGCAUCCAAGCCUGCCUUUGCACAGUUCCGCAAGAAACUUUCAUUAUUCCUCAAUGACUUUCUACCUGCUUACAACAUACUGCUACCUGAUGGAAAAAAAUGGCUGACACUUUCAGCACGAGAUACAGUCCAGGAGCAUUGGUUCCUCAAGGUCAACUACGAGUCUGUUGUGGAUUGGAAGCUUGCUACAGAUUAUUUGUGGUGUAACCUGAGCUUCCAUGGCCAUGAGCGACAUGACUGUGCCCUGAUUCACACCAAUGACAAGGACAGCAAUGACAAGAACAUUUUUGUUCGCAUCUUGUUUAUGUUCAAGCACAUGGUUGGCAGCAAGGUUUUAGAUCUCGCCUUAGUUAUACCUAUGGAUGUGCGAAUGGGUCCAUGA